AUGCAGAGACGCAGCACGCACGCAGGUGAAGGAGAUCUGCUUGAAAGGCAUUAUCAGUCUAAACAGGGACCUAAUCGAUCACACACAAUGAAUGGUAUGAGACAUGUGGCAGAGAGGCUUGUGCUUCGGUGUCAUGAGGCGAUCAUGCAACUUGAACUUUCAAUCCAGCAGAAUAUGUGCGAGUAUGAUCCUAACAACAGAGAUGGGUUCAUACAGAUUCAGGAGUACUAUUCGUUCUUGGCUAGGUUGACUUCUCUUAAGUUACGUGCAGAGCAUGUGCAAGGAAGUCUACAUCAUGAAGAGAAGGAUCCUAAUGAUGUGUGCGUUGAGUAUGAAACUCUCGAGAAUCUUAUAUAUGAAUUCCAAGAUAUAACACUAAGCCUGAAUGAAUUUGCAAGGACACAUGGUAGUCCUGCUAAAUCUGCACGAUCACAGUCUAGUAAAGAAUCCUCAAUAAUGCCUUUGAGGCCUUUGAGAAUAGUGGAGAGAAAUAGGGAUUCUGUGGAGCUUACUGCUGCUAUAAUGCAAACAGUAAAGGAGGAAAACGAAGAAAAACUGCGGCUAGGAAGAAAGCUACCAUUUUUAAGCCCAAAAAAGACAGUAAAAUUCAUGGAUAGAGACCUAAAUGAUUUGGUUCAAAUCGAGAGACUGAAAAGAUCUUCCUCAUUACCAGGUUCGCCUAUUCCAGAAACAUUAAUAGAAUCAGAGUUAACUUUGAAAGAAAACAGGACGCUCCGAAUGGCAAAAUCUUAUGAUGUUGGUUUGAAUGAUAAAAAAAAGACUGCGAAUUUUGAGUUUUUCAAAAAUAAGAACCGCUUAUCACUAUCAGUGUUCGAUGAGAUAGAUACAGACGCUAGCGAUGAAGAAACUGUUAUAUCUGUUUCCCCUCCUGCCAUGUCCAAUUAUCUUCUAAAAACAGGUGAACAAAAAGUAACAAAUACUUUGAGAAGAUAUAAUUCACAUGAAAGUAUACUUUCCAUGAAAGUACCUCAAAAAAACACACUGGCGUUAUAUAUGAAACAGACUAGCCCAUUUGUAUGGCAAAAAAAUUUAAUUGUUUCAAAAGCGACGAUAAGUUCGAAUACUUGUAAUUCAACAGCCGCACCCACUAUUGAGUCCCCUUGUCUGUCUAAAGACCUUCUAACACAACUUAUUGAACCUUCACCUAAUGCUCAAAGGUCUUCAAGAAAGAGCUGGUUUGAAUCUGCGAAGACAAUGAAUCUUGCGUCUUCAUUCUUUAAUAAAUGGUUUACCUCAGGAAACUUAGUAACGAAAGAGAUAGGAAAUCCAAACACAACGUCUCCUUCAAGAGUGAGAUCAAUAAUAAAAAACAAGCAACCAUUAGCGUCCAAUAAUCAUUCUAGUUCUAUAGUUAUUGGGCCCAAUGGCACUAGAUUUAUUCGCGGGCUGAAUGAUCCUCUUGUGACAUGUACUAUAUCAUAUGAUGAACUUCAAGAUGCUUUAAAUACCGAGUUUAAGUUUUAA